AUGGUUGGGGCGAAAACCCCGUGGCCGGCCCUUUCAGGGGUUCCCGAGGCGGCAAACUCACCAAAUCAGAAUUUUCUUACCUGCGUACUGAACCUUCACGCCGACGCGAAAUCGUUCAUUUCACACAACGAGCAGGCCGGAAAACAGCUUCCAAAGCCUGUUAUCGACUUCUUCGAGCAGGUAGUCACCUACUGCGGUUUCAUGCAACGCCAAACGACUGAUAUUCUCGACAGGAAUGCUCAUUUAGGCCCUGAGCUGGCCUCGAUCAAGCAGACCCUUCAGAACGUCCAACAACAUACCUACAGUACCCAGUCAAGCAUUCGGAACCAGAGCUAUCAAUUUUGGGCCUCUGGUCAGGAAUGCGCCUCCUCCAGCCCAUACGAUUUCCACUCACGAUUCCUCCAUACCCAGAAGACCUACCGAAAGAAGUCAUCGGCAGAGAUAAAAGAAAAGGCAGAAAGUGCAAAGAAGAAAGCUGCAGUAACGAUUCUAACGCUCUCUCUGGCGAGAGCCCGAUUCGUUUCCGCCAGGCAACUGCGCUCGGGAGAUCUUAGCCUGGCUCUACGUACUGCCGCGGAGGCCGAGACUGCCAGGAUCUACGAUAAAUGGGCGGAUCUUAUGUCAGGCGGGGCCACCCUGCGACGCCCUACAUGGGGCGUAGUAGUCCAUGGCAUCCCGAUCAAAUCAAUCCAGGACCUGAGUGAUCAGGGCGAACAGGAUCGAGUAGCCAGCGAGCUACUCAGCGAGAACAGGGAAGUUUAG